AGUGAAGGUGCCGUUGAUUUUUCCUGUCCACGGAGACUCCCGCACGGCACUCGCUGCACGCGCAUCCACACACACACACACAGACACACACAGAAAGGACCGGACGCUUUCACCAACCCACGAUGAAGUCCGUGCUCAAGGCGGGGCUGAAGGAGGAUGUGGACGUGAUGGUGCCCACGUCAGAGCUCACCAUCAAGCAGAUCCAAGACCGGAUUCCUGCUAAGUUUUUUGAGCGGUCGACGAUGCACAGCGUGUUGUACCUUGCCCGCGACACCUGUCAGCUCUUGGCCGCGUACUUUAUCAUGUACCGCUGGGGCGUGCCGGCUUUGGCGGGUUUGGAGGGCUCCGUCUACGGUGCCAACGGGUCCAACGUGGGGAGCUGGCUGCUGGUGGGUGCGGUGAAGCUGCUUGCGUGGAAUGCGUUUUGGUUCGUACAGGGCCUGAACGGGACCGCCUUUUGGGUACUUGCCCACGAAUGUGGCCACCAAGCCUUCAGCCCCUACCGAGCUGUUAACAACUCCGUCGGACUCGUGCUGCACUCAGCCCUCCUCGUCCCUUACCACAGCUGGCGCAUCAGCCACGGCAUACACCACAAGCACACGAAUCACCUCACCAAGGAUACAGUGUUUAUUCCUCGAAAAGAGAACAAAGUAAUCGAGCUGGUCGAGGAGACGCCGCUGGCGAUGCUGUGGGGAAUGCUGGUGCUGUUUCUCUUUGGCUGGCCGAUGUAUCUGCUGACCAACGUGGCCGGUCAAGAUUAUGGCCGCCGCACGAACCACUUCGAGCCGUCCUCGCCGCUCUUCCGCAAGGAGGACGCAGCGGACAUCGUUCUGUCUGACGUCGGCGUUCUUGCCACGCUCUCCGUGUUGGGGUUGUGUACCUACCAGUUUGGCUUCUCCAGCGUGUACUGCUGGUACCUGGUGCCCUAUCUGUGGGUGAACUUCUGGCUGCUUUACAUCACCUACCUCCAGCACACCGACAUUCGCAUCCCACAUUACACCCAGGAACACUGGACGUUUGUGCGCGGCGCCAUUGCCGCCGUGGACCGCGACUACGGGUUUCUCCUCAACGACUGGCUGCACCACAUCAACGACUCGCACGUCGUUCACCAUCUCUUCAGUCAAAUGCCCUUCUACAACGCCAUCGUCGUCACCCGCGAGUACAUUCGAGGCAUCCUCGGCGACACGUACGUUGAGGACCACCGCCCACUUGUGGUGGCGCUGUGCGACAGCUGGAGGCACUGCCGCUACGUCAUCCCGUCGGAGGGCGUGAGCGUCUUCUACGGCUGUAACAGGAAGCGCGCGUGA